AAGCUGUGAUGCCAGGUAACCAUAACCCACUGGACCAGUUCAGAGAUGGAGACAGACAAAGGAUGUUGUGAGAUACUUCUGAAGGAUGAAAGUCCUAAAUCACAAAUAGGGAUAAUGGUUAUUUUUGGUACUUUUUCAUUUCUAGACAGUUGAUAAUUAUUUCCUCGGUAGCAGGAGAACUGUUUUGCAGUUUUUGUAAUUGUUGGUUAUAAUAAUAAAAAGACGAUGAAUGUUUCCUCCUGCUUGUUGUGUCGAGCUGAAAGCUGGUUAAAUUAAAUGAGUUACUUCUACCUACGAGGGCGAUGACUUUUUCCCAGAUAGAAAUUAGCAAAGAGCCAACAUUAGCCUUAUUUAUCAUUGUUAUUUGAAAGGACUCGUGAUUAUUACAUAUUCUGAGUAACGAAGCGAACGCUGACGAGCGGCUGUGCGUCUUGGAGAGGGCAGGGACGCCGGAGACACGCAGCGGCAGCGCAGUCUGUUUGGAGCAACCAGUUGAGAUCCAUCAACACUCCGUGAGCACCGACUGUCUGGGCGGAUGGUGAGAUACAAAUCGACGACCCCCACCUCCCCGAAAUCACCCCAAACCUAAGAUGGAAGUCCUCCUCGCCCCCCCAAACUGGCACGAAAGCUUCGGAUGAAUGAAAUCAAAGAUGCUGCGCACGACAGCCAAACCCCGGCAGCUUCUCUGAACAGGACUGGGUGUGCGCGCGUCUGACUCGCCGUUACCUCCGGACUGCACUCGCCAACUUCCCCCGCUUUCCAUCAAGUCAUGUCUGAUACAGAGCAAUGGGCAAGUUUGACGACAACGAGAGGAUAAUCCUCAACGUCGGGGGCACCAGGCACGAAACCUACAAGAGCACCCUGAAGACCCUGCCGGGGACGCGUCUGGCGCUGCUCGCCUCCGACUCGGACAUCGACUCCGUGCUGGACCAGCUGCAACAAGUCCCCGGCUUCAUCGAGUACGACGCGCGGACCAACGAGUACUUCUUCGACCGCCACCCGGGCGUGUUCGCCUACGUGCUCAACUACUACCGGACCGGGAAGCUCCACUGCCCGGCGGAUGUGUGCGGACCGCUGUUCGAGGAGGAGCUCUCCUUCUGGGGGAUCGAUGAGACGGACGUGGAGCCCUGCUGCUGGAUGACAUACCGGCAGCACCGGGACGCGGAGGAGGCGCUGGACGUGUUCGAGCUCAACGUGGACAACGGGGACGAGGACGACGACAUCGGGAAGAGGCUCGGCAUUGAGGAUGUGGCCGCCGACGGAAAUAUCAGUCUGUGGAGGAAGUGGCAGCCGAGGAUCUGGAAUCUAUUCGAGGACCCCUACUCCUCCAGGGCGGCGAGGUUUAUUGCAUUUGCAUCGUUGUUCUUCAUCCUGGUCUCCAUCACCACCUUCUGCCUGGAGACUCAUGAAGCCUUUAACACUAUCAUCAACAAGACUGAGCUGAUGCCGAACAGCAGUGUGCCGGACUCGGGUCCCCAGUAUGAGAUUGAAACUGACCCUGCGCUCACUUAUGUUGAGGGUGUUUGUGUCCUCUGGUUCACCAUUGAGUUCCUGGUGCGUGUGACCUUCUGCCCUGUCAAGCUGGAGUUUAUUAAGAGCCUGCUCAACAUCAUUGACUUCGUUGCUAUCCUGCCUUUCUACUUGGAGGUAGGGCUGAGUGGCCUUUCUUCAAAGGCGGCUAAGGAUGUGUUGGGUUUCCUCAGGGUGGUGCGCUUUGUUCGUAUCCUGCGUAUCUUCAAGCUCACACGUCAUUUUGUGGGGCUAAGGGUGUUGGGCCACACAUUACGUGCCAGCACCAAUGAAUUUUUGCUGCUCAUCAUCUUUCUGGCGUUGGGAGUGUUAAUUUUUGCCACCAUGAUUUACUAUGCCGAGCGAAUCGGCGCCAAGCCCAACGACCCCACUGCUAGCCUCCACACCAAGUUUAAGAACAUUCCCAUUGGCUUCUGGUGGGCAGUGGUAACCAUGACUACACUGGGAUAUGGCGACAUGUAUCCAGAGACAUGGUCAGGCAUGGUGGUUGGCGCAUUAUGUGCUUUAGCUGGCGUGCUAACGAUAGCCAUGCCUGUGCCGGUUAUCGUCAAUAACUUUGGGAUGUACUACUCCCUGGCCAUGGCCAAGCAGAAGCUACCGAAAAAAAGGAAGAAACACAUUCCUCAGGCAGUGCUGGGAGGUUCACCCUCCUACUGCAAAGCCGAUCUCAACACCACCUGCAACAGCACUCAAGGUGACCUGUGCCACGUCAAAGGGAGCAGGGGACUAGAACGCAACCGCUCAGUUCUGUCAGCAGACUGCAGUGGGGGCAGUGACCUGACCAUGUCUCCAGAGGAGAGGGUCCCCAUGCGACGGUCCAGUACCAGGGAACAGGACCGUCGGAGUGGGGGCACGUGCUUCCUGCUCGCUGCGAGUGACUACACCUGUCCUGCAGACGGAGGGAUACGAAAAACAGACUUUGAGAAAUCGCGGAGCUUAAACAACAUUGCGGGCAUGACUGGCAUGGCUGGUAACACCCUGAGGUUGUCUCCAGUGACCUCGCCCUACGGAUCACCCUGUCCACUGCGGCGCUCUCGCUCCCCUAUCCCCUCCAUCCUGUGAGAUGUCAAACCCUUGGACUGAACCCCCCCCGUCCCAAACAUACCACCUCCCUUUGAUAUUAUAUCUGAACUGUUGUAGAUAUUGUUGCUAGUGGAUAAGAACUUAACCUUGUAGCUAAGACUAAUGUUAGUAGCUUGGGCAGCCCGAGCAACUCCUCAUUUUCCUCUCGUCCUUGAAGGUACAUGUGCUUAGCUAACAUCCUUAAGUAACUGGUCACUUAGUUCUUUCGAUAUUGUCGUACUUUGAGACUUCAGACUUGCAAUAAAGAACUCUUGACUGGUGGCUUCCCAAGUAGCAGCCAUAACAUUUAAUGAAGGACAUAUUAAUUAUCAGGGAUAUUAGACGUCGCCAUAUUUAGAAACCAUGAAAAAGACGUGCUUCCAAAAAAAGAAGAAAGAAAGAGAGAUGUAACUUCAUUUUAACCUCAUACAACUGUGACUUUCUUUGUUUUGCUACUGUAUUUUUUGGGGAUGGACACCUGAGUGUCUUUCAGGACUGUUUCCACUCACACACGCAGUCUGUCACUGUUCACCUGCUCAUGGUUUUGCAUGGAUCAUCCUGUAACCAUUGUCUGCAAACAGUGUGGCAAAGGGACCCAGAGGAGAAAAAAGGCUACAUUACAAAAAUACUCCUUGUGAGUGUUUAUGUAUAUAUGAGUAUUUUUUUAUUUAAUAUUAAUGUUGGGGUUUGGGGGAUACACUCAACUUGUAUUGUGUCUCAUUUUGCCAACAGUUUCACCAACAAUUCACCAGGAGACUAAAACCCUAGAAUGUCAGCUGGGUGUGCGUUAACCCUAUCUCCGAUUAACCCCCUCUCCUCCUCCAUGCUUUUGUUUUUUCUCUGAUGGAGUGUCACCAAAGCUGUUGUGUCUCUUGUUGUGUACUCACAGAUAACUGCAAAGAGGUUGUCUUUACUGGUUUCACACAAGCAGAGAGCAGCGUUCUAUCAUAAUGGGGAAGGCGCCACCAUGGCGGAAAAGGUAAACCUCUGAAAGGGUGUGGGGGUCAGAGUUCAGAGUUCAGAGCCGAACCCUCUCAUCCUCUCAGUGAUGAAUAAUGAUGUGUGUGUGUGUUUACUUAAAACUGAGGUUAUUCAUAAUCCUAACAGAUCCAUGUAUAUGGUUGACAUACAGACAAACACGCACUCUUGAUGGCACCAUCCUCUGUAGCAUUGUAAUCAGUGCAUCAUUACCACAUUGGAUUAGUAUGAUUACUAUAAACAAAUGAUUCCAUCUUCAGGGAGCAAAUCAUUUCGAAUCAUUUGCUUACACAUCCAGUUGGAAAUUAGCGUAAUUCACGAGCUUAAAGCAGAUUGUUAUCUGCUAUGCAUGUGAUCCAUAACCUUUUCUGCACCGUUUCACUUCCUGUCGACCAUUUCCAAGGGCUUUAGCUGCUCUCAGAUCCCCAAACCAAACAAACAGAAUUCCCUGAGAGCAGAGUCUGUAAACCUCACAUUCAACUGAAGCAGUCUUUAUUUUUGUUUUGCUGAAAGCCUGUGUCAUUACUAUUGAUGAGAUUUUUUCAUUUAUUUUCAUGGCGGACAUAAAUUGCUUCUGUGCACCAACAGGUGUGGGAAAGCAGACAGCCACGCAGCCAUGUGCCUCACCCAUCCCUACAGUAUGUCCAUACCAGUAGAAAAGGGUUGCUUAGCAACUGGCUCACAGCUAGAUUCAUCUUACACAUAGCUCGGCAAAAAGUCAAACAAUUAAAAAGAACAUCUCUCGUGAACAUAUCUCUUUGUCUGUAGGACAAAUUAUUGAAUCACCCCCACAGAGCCGUUUGGAUUCUGGACAUUCACUUACACAGCACCAUAGAUUUGUACCGUGUUCUCAUCUUUGUGCAUAUAUUUGAUUUAGCCAGUGUGUGCAUGGCAAUGUCUUCUGAAAUGAUGCUCAGCAGAGACAGAUGAUGCAUUUCUCAUAUUUAGAGAUGUGUUUAUAUUUUAUUUAGACAAUUCAUAUCCUAUUUGAAUGAUGAUGGGAUAAGACUGUCGUCAGUAUGAGGACCCACUGCAGCGGGGCGACCCCUUUGGAGGCAUAGGGCCACUGCCGCAGGACAAUGUGGACGAGGACGCACGUAAGAGCGUUGACUGACGGCUGCCUGGUUCACGGCUCGGCGAGCAGAAAAGCAGAUGAAUCCCAUGAAGACUUUGAUAAAAGCAUUUACCUUUUCCUGGUUUUUACUUUUGUUUUCCUACUUUGGAACUCUGGAGAAAAAAGGAAAGCAAAACCAACUGGACACGUCCUUAGUGGGGACUAUGUACUGUACAGAUAAUUCUCCUGUAAAUAAAACAGCAGAACAGCACAUCUGGGCCACACAGCUCCGUCCACACAUCUGUCUUUUGAUGGCGAGUCAGGUAACAUGGUGGUUGGUUGCUGAGAUCCGCCAUGAGACUCAAUGUCAGUCACUUUUCUUGCUGUGGUUUCCCUCCUCGCAAUAAGUGUAUUAAGGCGUAUCAGUUGAGGCACUUUGUGUUCUAAAAAUGGGAUUGUAUUCAUAUAUGAAAUUCUACAUAAAGUAUAUACAGUAUAGAGAGACAAACGUGCUAAGUUGAAUCAAGAAGUGACAUUAUGGUCAUCUUUGCUUUUGUUUCCCUUGGUAAAUUUCCGUAGGUCAAUUGGUCUGCUGUGUGUGUGUGUGUGUGUGUGUGUGUGCACAAACAGAGCCCCCCUGUGAUGCAGUUGCCGUUAUAGAAGCCCCCCCCCCCGCCCCGUGUUUAACAUGCAACUUUCCUUUUUAUCUUUCCACAAAUUAUUCUAACCAGAAUAUUCCUCAUAACUCCUGGUGGCUAAACAAAAACUGCAUAACUUGAUUCUUCCAACCUUUUCCCCCUGGUGGGGGGUGGAGCAAAAGUGUAGCAGAAGUUGCCCAAGUUAAAAGUGGGACUUCUAGAAUGGCUACAUCUGCACAGUAGCGAUCCCAUGAAGCCAAACAAUCAGACCGGAUUUGCAAUAAGCACCCAAAAGAUGAAGAAAAAGCGCCGAUCCACACUGUGAUUUCAGCAGAGUGAAAGUGCAGCUCUGAGCUGAGGGAACUGGCAGGUGGCUCAACCUGUGUCAUGUUGGUUGCGACCUGCACAGUUGUUGGCUUGCUGUUCAAGUGUCACCCUGUUCCCACAAUCCUCCUUGUGUAGUACACAUGCUGCUUUCCUCUUUGGAUUGACAAAGGGGCUACCUACCGUUCUCUGUGUAUUUCAAGGAUGACGUUGUCAUUUGGGGAGAAAAAAAAGGUGUUUAUUUUUUGGAAUCCAGAACAUGUAUUUUGUGUCUUUACUGUUGCUCUUACCUGUAAAAGUCAUGGUGGUCUGAUGCUGUGCUUCUCCAUCGUGUCCUCAAACUGUCCGGCUUUGGAUCCCAGUUCAUGUUUUGUAUGUUUUAUUGUGAGGAAAAUUGGAGUUUGAAGUCUGUGUAUGUGGAGCCUUUUGUUGGCAUUCUAAAGUGCAUGCUGAAAGAAAAAACAUCAUGCCAACUUGUAAAAAAAGAAAAAAAAAGAAGAGAAAAGACAUACUGUAUAUCACAGUCAAAACAAUGUGUAUAAAGUAAAGGUUAAUGCUAUGUGACAGAUUCACAUAAACUAUUUAUCUUUUAA